AUGCACUGCUCUUACCGGGCAGAAGAGGAGGAGUUUGUGUUAGAAGAGGGAGAGGAGCAGGUCAAAGAGGGAGAGGAGCAGGUCAAAGAGGGAGAGGAGCAGGCCAAGAAGGGAGAGGAGCAGGUCAAAGAGAGAGAGGAGCAGGUCAAAAAGAGAGAGGAGCAGGUCAAAGAGAGAGAGGAGCAGGUCAAAGAGGGAGAGGAGCAGGCCAAGAAGGGAGAGGAGCAGGUCAAAGAGAGAGAGGAGCAGGUCAAAAAGAGAGAGGAGCAGGUCAAAGAGAGAGAGGAGCAGGUCAAAGAGGAGAAAGAGCAGGUCAAAGAGGAACAGGUCAAGGAGAGAGAGGAGCGUUGUUUGGUUAUGGACAAUAUUGCCUGUGAUGUUGAUGAGGUCCUGUGGCCCGACCCAGCCCGAUGA